GCCAGCCUGACUGCCAGCCUGACUGCCCGUGUCCCUGCCUGCUUCUGACCGCCUUGUAUGCCUGAUUCUUCACACUUUCUGCUGUUCUGACAAAACGGGGACCAUGUCUACCUUUGGCUACAGAAGAGAACUGAGCAAAUACGAAUCCAUUGAUGAGGAUGAACUCCUUGCUUCGCUGUCAGCAGAGGAGCUGAAGGAGCUGGAGAGGGAGCUGGAAGAUAUUGAACCCAGCAGAAAUCUACCAGUGGGACUAAGGCAAAAGAGCCUGACAGAAAAAACCCCUACAGGGACUUUCAGCAGAGAGGCGCUGAUGGCCUAUUGGGAGAAAGAGACCAAAAAGCUUCUGGAGAAAGAGAGGCUAGGGGAGUGUGAUAAGGGUACAGAAGAAGACAAAGAAGACAGUGAGGAAGAACUUAUCUUUACAGAAAGCAACAGUGAGAUCUCUGAAGAGGUUUAUACUGAAGAGGAGGAGGAGGAAGAGGAAGAAGAUGAAGAAGAAAGUGAUGAAGAAGAUAAAGCAGAAAGGAAGCCUGAAGUCCUAGAGGGCAGUCAGGGAACUCUGAAUUGUGUACCGGGCCGUUCUGAUAGCCCUAAGCCAAAGACAUUUAAGAGUCAAAUAGAAAACAUAAACCUAACUAAUGGCCACAGUGGCAGAAACACAGAAUCACCUACUGCCAUUCACCCUUGUGGCAAUCCCACUGUUAUUGAAGAUGCUUUGGAAAGGGUGAAGAACAAUGACCCCGACACCACCGAGGUCAACCUGAACAACAUUGAAAACAUCACAACACCGAAUCUGACCCGCUUUGCCGAAGCCCUCAAGAACAACACAGUGGUGAAAACGUUCAGCCUGGCCAAUACAAAGGCUGAUGACACUGCUGCCAUAGCAAUUGCAGAGAUGCUGAAGGUCAACCAGCACAUAACCAGUAUCAACGUCGAAUCAAAUUUCAUCACUGGCAAAGGGAUUCUGGCCAUCAUGCGGGCCCUUCAACACAACACGGUUCUGACAGAACUGCGGUUUCACAACCAAAGGCAUAUCAUGGGCAGCCAGGUAGAAAUGGAGAUUGUUAAGUUACUGAAGGAGAACACAACGCUGGUGAGGCUGGGCUAUCACUUUGAACUUGCUGGACCAAGAAUGAGCAUGACGAGUAUUUUGACAAGAAAUAUGGACAAACAGAGGCAGAAACGGAUGCAGGAGCAAAAGCAACAAGAGGGGUAUGAUGGUGGAUCCAACUUCAGAAACAAAGUUUGGCAGAGGGGAACUCCUGGCUCUUCACCUUAUGCAUCCCCUAGACAUUCUCCAUGGUCAUCUCCAAAACUGCCUAAGAAAGUCCAGUCUAUAAGAAGUCGACCCCCAUCUCCCGCGGCCCCAUCUCCUCCUCCUCCACCACCCCCACCUCCUCCUCCUCCUCCACCCCAUAUGCCACCACUACCUCCUCCCCCACCCCCUCCCCCACCUCCUCUCCCAGAGAAAAAGUUAAUAACCCGAAACAUUGCAGAAGUCAUCAAACAACAGGAGAAUGCUCAAAGGGCAUUGCAAAAUGGACAGAAAAAGAAAAAAGGGAAAAAGAUCAAGAAACAACCCAACAAUAUUUUGAAGGAGAUAAAAAAUUCAUUAAGGUCAGUUCAGGAAAAGAAAACAGAAGAAAGUUCAAGACCCUCCACCCCACAGAGAUCAGCUCAUGACAACCUCAUGGAUGAAAUUCGGGGAAGCAGUAUAAGACAGUUAAGGCGGGUGGAAGUGCCAGAGGCUCUUCGAUAGAGUAACAGCUAGAGAAGAAUCCAAGCAUCACUUCAUAACGAGGAUGCCGAAUUUUUCAACGGUACUCAAUAGACUGAACUGUGCAGUGUUUCCCAAAUACACUCAGCAAUUGGAAACAUCCUUUCCCACUAUAAAUAUCAGCACCAAAAAAUCCCAAACAGAGUUUUAAGAAAUAGGCAUCAUUCUUUUGUAAAUAUGGAAAUAAAUAAAUCUCUUUUUUAUUUAAUGAUAUUUUUAUUGGCAAGUAGCAGUUUAUUUAAAGAUUAUCUUAAGUAUUAACCUGUACAUCUCUGGAUAUGUUAAUCAUCCUGAACUGCACUGGAUUCUCAGCCUGUGUUGGGGUUUUAGGGUCCUUAUCCCUAAUAAAAUAAGUUUAAAGUUU